AUGGCGCAGGGCUGCCGCUGGUGUGGCCGCGCCGCCCUAGGACAGCCGAGGCGGCGGCGAGUCCCGGCGUGGGCGGAACCGGCCGGGUGCUCGGCGCGGCCGUACUCGGAGGGCCGCGGUGCCGCCGAGGCGGCGGGCUGGGCGGAGCUGCUGGAGGUGUGCUGGCGGCGGCACUUCCUACGGGGCGGUGCGGGGCCGCUGCCCUGGAGCGCCUACCUGAGCGGCCGCCACCCCGGCUUCGGGCCCCUGGGCGCGGCGCUGCGCGCUAACCUGGCGGCGCAGUGGUGGGACUCGGCGCUGCCCGUGCGGGAGCAGGUGUUCCCCGUGGACGCCGCGCUCCACGGCCCGCCUGGCGCUCCGCGGGACGCGCGGGGGCUGCGGCUGCUGCACCCGGAGACGCUGCGCGAAGCCCUCCAGGGUUGUGGGCAGAAUCCUGGCGGCCCAGCCCUGGAAGAAGUGCUGGGGGCCGCGGGGGUGCUGCGGGAGAGCCUCCUGCCCGGUGUUCUGGCACAAUAUGUUAGCUGCUUAGAGCUGGUGAACAGAAGACUGCCCUAUGGCCUUGCUCAAAUUGGAGUGUGCUUUCAUUCUGUUCCAGAAAGUGAACGUUCUGUUCCAGGAAAUGAACACCAGAACAAAAACUGUGCAAGAAUAGGCGAGAGGACCACGUCUUUGCUUGCAUGGUUUAGUUCUCCCAGAACUGCAGGACAGUGGCUCGAUUACUGGCUACGCCAGAGACUCCAGUGGUGGAGAAAGUUUGCUGUAGGCCCGUCUAACUUCAGCAGCAGUGACUUUCAAGAUGAAGAAGGCAGAAGAGGAUUUAAGUUACAUUACAGCUUUCCUUGGGGGACAGAAACAAUAGAAACACUGAAGAACCUUGGUGAUACUAAACUGUUACAAGUGUAUCCAGGACAGAGAUCAAAAUUACUUGGCCGAGAUGGAAGGAAGAAUGUCAUCCCUCAUGUUCUGUCUGUGAGUGGGAAUCUGGACCGAGGAGUGUUAGCAUAUCUCUUUGAUUCUCUACAGCUAGUUGAGAAUCCAUUAACAGCAAAGAAAAAUUCACAGAGAAAGGUACUUAAGCUUCAUCCUUGCUUAGCACCCCUUAAAGUAGCCUUGGAUGUAGGAAAAGGUCCAACAACAGAGCUGAGGCAGGUUUGUCAAGGAUUAUUCAAUGAGCUGACAGAAAAUGGAAUUUCUGUAUGGCCAGGUUAUCUGGAAACUGUGCACGCGUCUCUGGAACAUCUUUAUACAAAGUAUGAUGAGAUGAGUAUUCCUUUCAUGGUCUUGAUAAGUGAUGGCACUCUAGAGAAUGGAGUGGUCCAGCUGAGAAGCAGAGAUACCACCAUGAAGGAAAUGAUGCACAUUUCCAGGCUGAAGGACUUUUUAAUUAAGUAUGUUACAUCAGCCAAAAAUGUGUAAACUUGUUGAAUAAAAGGAUUUUCUUAGA